UUCACAUGAUUCUUCUGUCCCUUUCUUUAUAUCUUUUAGAAAUCCUUGUCGAAUAUAUUCAUAUCUCUAUGUUCAAACUCUGUUCCCAUCAUCAAAAUGUCUGAAAUACAAGAUGCAGCAGCGUCAGAACCUUCACCAGAAAAGUCAACGCCCCUCCCAGCGCCCUCCUCCCCACCCCGCACUCCAUCAGUCGAGACUCUCCAGAGCUGGCUCCCCCUAUAUCUCAAGAAAGCAGACCUUACAAUAGAUCGCCUCUCCACGAUCCUUUCAACUCCCUCCGGGACCGACACCAUCCUCCUCACACUCGGCUACUCCAGCCUCCUCUGCUCCACGGUCCUCUCCUCCAUCUCCCUGCGGCGGCUGCAAAACAGCGCCCGCCAAUUCAUCGAGAAAGCCAUCUCGCUCCCCCCCAACACCGCGCUGAUAAUCGACACAUCUGCGAUCCCUCCCUCACGGCUCCUCAUCGCCGCCCAACGACUCAAGGCGCUCUCGAGCCUCAUUUCAGACUUCCGCAUCUUCGCUCGCCUGUGGGGCCUCAUAGGGAUCUGGAAAUGGGGAAAGAGCACGCUGGCACACCCGCCUGCGGAUCAGCUAUUGAGACAGAUAUCCUAUGCGCAGGUGCUAGUCAAUAUCUUCUACCAGUACUUGGAGAACGGCGCGUAUCUAUCCUCCAAGGGCGUGGUGGGCUGGAGCUCGGAGAAGCAAAAUAAAGCCUGGUUGUGGAGUUCGAGGUUUUGGAUGGCCCAUGUAGCCCUGGAUUUUGUGCGCCUGUAUCGGGAAUAUGCGCAGCGGAAGAGUCGAGCUGCGGGUGAGGUGAAGGAUGAUGCGGUUACGGAGCAAGGAGAGGCGGAGUGGAAAGCUAGGUGGAGGAAGGAGAUGGUGGUCAAUAUGGCUUAUGCGCCCUUGACGCUGCAUUGGAGUUUGGAGAAGGGCUUGGUUGGAGACUUCUGGGUGGGACUGCUGGGAAGUAUAGUUGGUAUCACGGGAUCGAGGGUUCUGUGGAAGAAUACUAGUAAGUCGUAAGGGCAGGAAUGCAAUAUCAGCUCUUCACUGUCGCUGGGACGGUAUCUUUCAGACUGUUGGCAAUAUUGUAAAUGUAGCAUGCACGGAAACGAACUCAAGGAUAGACAAAUCAAAAAUGGAGACAGUAGGUUUACUUGUCAUGUAAAUAUUAGGUACCUAGCCGUGGAUCAUAAUGGUUUCUUGG